AUGACUAACACAUUGGUGGUAAUGAAUAUAAAAAGCCUUGUAGAGAACAUAAGUGAUUUAAUUUCCUUGGAAUUUUGCCUCACCUAGGGGAAAUGAGUCAAUGAACCUAUACUCUCUUUCAGAUUCCACUUGCUGUUGAUGUGGAUUGUAAAAAGGAGCCACUUCUAGAAGGUAAAGAGCCACCUUUUACUGUUAAUGCAUAGUGUAAUAGACAGCAAUGAAAGCAUGAUGGGGCAAUCUUAAUCCUAUGCAUCAUGAGAAAUAGUUCAUGUGCUUUUUUAUUUAAUUUUUUACAUUUAGUGUUUUAAAAGCAUUCUGUUGCAUGUGUAGGAAGGAAUCCUGAAAGUGUGACAUUGUAAUACAUUCUGGAAUCUAUUGAGGCAGCUCUUUUAAAUACAAAAAUAUUACAAUUGUAAAUGCAUAUAAGGAAUGGACAGUAAGUUGAACCCUUUCCCUCUCCUCAUUCUCCUCAGACCCAGAGUAUAAUGUCUACACCCGGUUUAUGAAGUCUCAUCGGUGCUAUGACUUGGUCCCUACCAGCUCCAAGUUGGUUGUGUUCGAUACUUCACUGCAGGCAAGACCACGUCCUGCUUUUAACUUCUUCCUGUCAAAUAAAUCUAGACCAAAGAUGCUGCUUUGUGUUUGUGUGUAUAACUGUGUUAAUCUCUCCAUAGGUAAAGAAGGCGUUUUUCGCUCUGGUGUCCAAUGGGGUGAGAGCAGCGCCACUCUGGGACAGUAAGAAGCAGUGUUUUGUAGGUAAGAAGAGAGUCCAUCACCUUCUAUUGGCUGGGCUUUUGGCAGAUUUCGAAAUGCACAAUGAGGAGAGUUCUGUUGGACUCUGGUGACCCUGUUCUCCUGCUGAUCUCUCACUGCAGGUAUGCUGACAAUCACAGACUUCAUCAUCAUCCUCCAUCGCUACUACAAGUCGCCUUUGGUAAGUCCUAGCUUUCAGCCUGUCCUUAUCUUCCACAGUUUCUAAGUUUGCUUGUUUACAGCAUACCCUAUCUCAAUUUCACAUUUUGAAUCAUAGUGGUGGUGGAGCGUGGAAAGGCGCGACACGUGAUUUGCAGCACUCAUCCUUCUGUCUAAUGAACAGUUGACCUUCAUGCCUCUCACCCCCAUUGUUAUGUUAGUCAGCACUUUCUCCUGUUCUAAUGUUUCAGGUGCAGAUAUAUGAGCUGGAGGAGCACAAGAUAGAGACAUGGAGAGGUAAGGGCAUUCAUUAACUGUGUAGCAAUAAGUGACUGAUAGCCUUCUGGAGUGCCAGUGGAUUAACUAUUGCCUAUUCUGUUCUCCUUCACCAUAGAAGUCUACCUUCAAGACUCCUUCAAGCCCCUCGUCAGCAUAUCCCCUAACGCAAGGUAGGUCUACUGCCAUGGUGAAAUGUUGAGGGUUGUCACUGCACAGUUGGUCAAAGCAGCUUGAGCUCAAUUCAGGUGCUUACUGGCACUAAUGUUUGAUACUGACACAAAUGUGUUUCAAUUUCUGCUUUCUCCCUCCCCGUUUCAGUCUGUAUGAUGCAGUGUCUUCUCUGCUGAAGAAUAAGAUCCACAGACUUCCUGUGAUCGACCCUCUGACAGGGAACACCCUCUACAUCCUCACUCACAAGAGGAUCCUCAAAUUCCUCAAGCUCUUUGUGAGUCUUUUUUGUGAUCCUCUCUUUCUUACACUCUCCCCGUUCAUCUCUUUUACCACAUUUUAUCACCUGCUAUCUCAAUGUCUCAUUCUCAGCAGUAGAUAAGGUAAGACAAGAGCAGUGCUAUGACUGUAGGCCUUGUUAAUGAAGUCCACACCCAGUGUUUAUUGAUUCUGUUGUGAGGUAAUAUACCGUGUUUCAUUUCUAUGUGUUUUUCAAGCCACUUACAUUAGUGGAACCUUGUGUGUUAUUUUCCCCAGAUAUCGGAGAUGGCAAAACCUGCCUUCUUAGGCCAGACUCUAGAGGAGCUGGGCAUCGGAACGUUCCAUAAGAUUGCAGUGGUGCGUUUUGACACACCCCUCUACACAGCACUGGGCAUAUUUGUGGACCAGAGAGUGUCUGCCCUGCCUGUCGUCGAUGACAAUGGUUAGUGAGGGAGACGAGGGGACAGUUUGUUAAACAUGUCUGACCCAGACACUCCUGUUGUAAAUGGUAGGUAGUACUCAUGUACCCAUGUGUCUAUUUCUCUCUCACACACAGGACGAGUGGUGGACAUUUACUCAAAAUUCGAUGUCAUUGUAAGUACUGGACAGCUGUGCUACCAAUGGGCCGUAUUUUAAACAGAAUAGUCACUGGUCAGCAGAAAAUAUUGUCAUUUUAGCUCAUUGUGGGUGUUUGUGAGAGACCGACAAAGAGACGAAACAGAAAGACCGUAACCAGAAUUGUCUGUAUCCUUGUGCUGUAAGAGUAUUUUAUAAAGGCAAAGAAUUCAGUGCAGACCAAAGUAAGUCUCUCCUGUUCUAGAUCAAUGGGUCUCUUACCCAGUGGGCAGGCAGUAUAUAGAGCCUGUUGGCUGUUAUCAACCAGCGGACUGGCUGAGGUUUAUUAGCCUUUAGCCUGGGGAAACAGGAGCAGGUGGGCUCACUCUGCACUGGAAUCAAUUAACCCCUAGAUGAAAGUAUGUGUUUGUCUGUGUGUUUUCAUCUCUGCUAUCCAAAUACAGUAGCAAACACGAGCAGCAUUGAGAAGUAAUAAUGUCCCCCACACAGAACCUAGCAGCAGAGAAGACGUACAACAACCUGGAUGUGACUGUGACCAAAGCCCUGCAGCACCGCUCUCAGAAUUUUGAGGGAGUGCUCACCUGCAACACACACGACACACUGGAGUCCAUCAUCAACAGACUGGUGGAGGCAGAGGUGAGGGAGAUGGAGACACACCUGUGAAUACACUAUUACUGUUUGGGUCGACAAUUUAAACAGUUUCCUGGGCGUUUGUCAAGGUCAAUACAAGUAGUACAUACAACCAUAAUGUAAAAUACACACAGGCGCUGAACUCUAGCCUUGGCCUUUAGUUUGUGUAACAUAUGGUUUGUUUUUCUGUCUCUCUCUCCAUCUCUUUUCUCUCUUCUCUCUCAGGUGCACAGGCUGGUGGUGGUUGAUGAGCAGGAGGUGGUGAAGGGCAUCGUCUCUCUCUCAGACAUCCUCCAGGCACUGGUUCUCACUAAUGAAGAAGCAGACUAAGGUAAACACAAACCUGCUCUAUGCACUGACCUUGAUAAAUCAAAUGAAAACAAUGUCAAUGUAAUUUAGCUUCAACUCAGUCCCUGAGAGGCGACGUCUCACCUGUUAAUUGUUUUGUGAUUUAUAAAGGAUUUAAAUCAUUGUCAAGGUGAACUAAAGAGAUUCAUCUGGUGUUUUGUAUUUCAGGUAUUGCUUGAGGAAGUGAUAAAGGAAAGAUUCCCCCAAACAGAUCAGGAAGGAUAGAGAAGAUGAGGAUCCUGGAAGAGAGGGAGGAAGAGGAGUGACGUGAGAGAGGGGAAAGAUAAGAAUCUUCAACAUAUCCCGUCAUGUACAAAUGUACGUCUAGAACACAGGAGGACCUCUUUCUAUCUCUCUCUCUCCAUAAAAAUGUGAAGUCCCAUUGACUUUCUCAAUCAAGCAAUAUAGACACAUACAGUAACAAGGGACAUACAGGAACACUGUAAACCAAGCCAAAACCCAAGCAACCAAAAAGACCCAAACAAGAAACAGGUCCAGAAGUGGCCAAUGGAGUGGCGCUGUAUGUCCAUUCUGGGAAGCCAAACACAACCUCUGUAUGUGCAGGUGGUGGACCUAUACAGUACAGGAAUGAUGUGUAGUUAUAUGAAGGGGAUCAAUUUGCCACUUCUCAGACAAAUCCAUUCCCCACCUAUUCUCUCCCAUUUGGUCUGAAGAUACACUGGAGAGAGGAGUCAGUCACUUCCCACCCUGGCCCUAAACUGAGCAGCAUUCCUUUACCCAUCAUCCAUAGGUCUGGAAUCUCUAAAGCACGACUAGCCAGCCAAUCAUGGAUCACAGGUUAAUGAAUGUCACAGUGGAACUUGAAGAUAUAAAAAUCUACAAUGGAAACUCUGCUGCCUUGGUUACAGUAUGUGAAGUCUGGAAUGUCGGAGAUGGAACUGCUGUAGAAGAUGUCCUUUUAGAGUUGUACUCCUUAUAUAUUGAUGCACAACCACUGAAUAUUUAUGUAAAUGUAACAAAAUGUAAAAAAAAAUUGUGUGCUUGUUUGUCUUGACACACAUUUAUUUUGACCCAGAAGACUGGAGGAAUGGUUCAUGGUGUGGCAGUAACAUGGGGUUGUUUUUAGGGCUUGCUUAGCCUUGUUCUUCAAAAUCCUUCUAAAGCUACGUGAUAAAUUAUUUUGCCUUUUAAGUUUGACUCAUUUCCCAAUCCCAACAAGAUUUAUUUUAGAAAGUUUUCAACAACAUGUAGCGUGAGUGUGUGUGGAUUGAUCAUGAUGGAGUCGGUCACUUUUGCUUGUGAACCUUUUCUAGUCUCCUGAUUGGCUGUUGUAAGCGCUCCUGAGGUAGAUCAGUGAAGCAUUAGACAUGACCUUAUUGCCCUGGCUAUAUUCCAUUUUCUUUCAUCCUUGUUAUAGGAUUCAGUUUGAGCCUUUCAUUACUUCCAGCACUUUCCUUUUUCACAUUCCGAGGGCAAACCAAUCUCGAUGAAUGAAAAGGACUUCCUUGGGCCAUUGACUCAGUACAUUUUAAAAUUUUAUUUUUCAAAAUUGACUUUUAGUAUGAAUACGAUUUUUUUCUACUACUCAUGUGAAUUGAAGUUCUAAUUUAAUGCAUGAGCAAUACAUAUUAUUUAUCUUACAUGGGGUUGUGUUUUUCUGCAGUUUUCUGCCAUUCGUUUUGACAUGCACUUUUGAAUGUUUUGUCUUGGUGAAGCAGUAGGGUUGAUGUGUAACUGAGUGGGUGUAGGUCAGCGAGAGGUUGUGGGAUGAGCAGGAUGUGAUGUAACACUAUGGCCUAGAUUUAAUCAGAUCAAGCAUUAACCGGCG